AUGAAUCCUUCGCAGGACAAUGCCAUCCACACUUGUCUGAACGAGGCGGAUCGCGAACGGCUGCGGUCGUACGUUCAUGCACCCGAGUACAAGGAUCGCCCAAAGACCCCGCUCACAACCCGAACAUCCCUGGUGCUUUCCCCUCGAACUCAGCUACUGAGUGAUCUCCAUGGGCCUGAAUCUCUCGGGAUUAGGCUCAAGCACAGCCGGAUGGUGGUGAGUGGCAGUGACUUAGAGAGUGUGUCUGGGAAGGAAACGUACUCUGAAACAAGUCCGCACCAUCUUCAAUUGAAGAUUCUGAUAUAA